AUGUUGCGCCACAGUAUUGACGAGAGCUCGCUGCCGCGUCGCAGCCUGCUAGCUGUCAUGCCACCGGCUAAGGAAGGCAAUGAGGACAAGGACUUGCUGUCACCCAGCUCAAUCAACCCGCUGGCACAGACAGACACGUCUUCCAUUGAUCUGGAGGCCGAACGCAUCGAUCGACAGAAGAAGAAAAUCGAAGACGACGAUGACAAACGCGACACCGAGUCGGAGACCUCCUCCAGCUCCAACAGCGUGACCGACGGUCUCACGACCGACAUUGACACGGAGAUCGCUCUUGGUGUCAUGAAGGAGGCCGACCGUCGCAUGACUACGCGCACUUCCGUCGCCACUGACAUCUCCUCGCUUGAUGUGCAGUUGCUGCAUGAUAUUGCCGAAAACAUGAUCGGACGUAACAUCCCAUUCGUGACGCCGUUUGGCACCAAGGCCCAGUGUUACGCCGACUACACAGCCAGUGGCAAGGCCAUCGAGAGCAUCGAGACUUUUAUCCGCAACGAGGUGAUGCCUACGUACGGCAACACGCACACCACCACGUCGGUCACGGGUCUCCAGACCACCUCGUUCCGUGAAGAGGCUCGCCAGAUUAUUGGUAAGGCUGUAAACGCUCGUCUCCAUGGCACCGGGGCUCGUGACAUCGUCGUGUUCACCGGUCAAGGUUGCACUAGUGCAAUUAACAAAUUCAUUACUGCUCUUGGUCUUAAAACGAUGCGACGCCAUCAUCGUCCGAACAAGCGCCCGGUCGUCUUCACAUGCCCCUUCUCGCACCACUCCAACUUGUUGCCGUGGCGUGAGCUGUACGCGGUUGACGUGGUUGAGAUUCCCGAGGCCAAGAGCGGCGGCCUCGACUUGAAGGAGCUGGAGCGUCAACUUCAAAGCUUCAAGAACCGUGACCUCAAGAUCGGUACAUUCGCCGCUGCUUCUAAUCUUACAGGCAUGCUGGCCGACGUCGACAAGGUGUCCAAGCUACUACACAAGUACGGCGCGUUGUCGUGCUGGGACUACGCGACCUGCGCCCCCUACGUCGACAUGGACAUGAACCCCAAAGACCCCGCCGCAUACAAGGACGCAGUGUUCUUCUCUGGUCACAAGUUCGUGGGUGGACCUGGCUCCCCGGGUGUCUUGGUAGUGAAGAAAAACUUGAUGAGCAACGAGGUGCCCACCAUGCCUGGUGGCGGCACCGUGCUGUUCGUUACUGAAAAAGCCCACAGCUACCUUGCUAACAAGGUAGAACGCGAGGAGGGCGGUACCCCUGACAUUGUGGGAAGUAUCCGUCUUGGCCUUGCUUUCGAGCUCAAGCAACGUGUCGGUCCCAAGAACAUCAUGGACCUGGAACGCCAGCACGUACAUCACGUCCGUGAGGUGCUCGGCAAGAACGAGAACAUCAUUCUGCUCGGCCACGACAAUGUGGACCAGCUGCCGGUCUUCUCGUUCCUCGUUCGCUUCGGCGACCGCUUCCUGCACCACAACUUUGUGUGCGCUCUACUGAACGACCUGUUCGGUAUCCAAGCCCGCGGUGGCUGUCAGUGUGCCGGGCCGUUCGGUGCUCGUUUGCUUGGUCUCAGCCGUGAGCAUAUCACUGAUCUGGGCUACGCUGUUGUGGCCAAGGACGAGGUGCUGAAGCCAGGUGUCGCCCGGAUGAGCUUCCCGUACUUUGCCGACGAAGAGGAGGUCGAGUACAUUCUCGACGCCGUAAAGUUCGUUGCCGAUCACGGCUGGAAAUUCCUGCCCAAGUACGAGUAUGACCCUCACAACGGAGCGUGGCGUCACGUUUCGCGUGCCACCGCCCCCUUUCCGGCUAAGAAAUUUUUAGCCAGCAUGCAGCUCGACGAUCUGGACACCGUGCGCCAGUCUGUGUGUACGGCGCCUAUUUGCAGCAUUGCUGAUCACCGCCGUGAGAACUUGGAACAGGCUGUGGCUCUGGCGGACGCCUGCAUUGAGGAGGCCGUGUCACUCGAGGAGUUCCCUGAGGGCCAAAGGCUGGUCCCUGCCCACGAGUGGCUACGCUGGUUCGUGUACCCGCACGAGGCCGUGGCCACGUUCAAGGAAACGGGCAAGAAGAUGGCGCUUACGGAAAGUAUCGAGGGCCCGUGCCAACCACAGCGUUACCUGGACGGCUCGGUCCACAAUAUAUGGGAGGGCGUGCCGUCCUUAGGAACGAUGAAGAGGAGUCUGAUGGGACGGUUUGUGCUCAAGAUGUUCAUGCAGACCGAGUUGGAAGCCAUGAAGGACAAGAGGACAGACGCGGAGAAGAGCGUGCUGAACGAUGAGGAAGUGAUGUGUGCCGUUUUCGGCGGCUCACAAAAGUGUCAGUAA